AACAAACUGGCCCCGCGAUGCCAGUGACACGACUAUUGUACCCUCUCUACCAGCUGGGCAACCCCCAGCUGAGGAUCUUCAGACCCAAGUGGUUCCUGACCCUGGUGAGGCCGGGGAAAGAGCAGCCUCCUGACACUGUCCAGUUCCGCAUCCCUAUGGAAAUGACCAAGUGUGAUGUAAAGAGCUACCUUGAGAAGAUCUAUAACGUCCCUGUGGGAGUAGUCCGCACCAGGAUACAGUUUGGGUCCAACAAGAAGAGGAAUCACCUUAACCAGAAGGUGAAGCAGCCCGACUAUAAAGUAGCUUACAUUCAGCUGGCCCAGGGCCAGACGUUCACCUUCCCUGACAUCUUCCCGGAAAAGGAGCAGACGCCGAAGGAGGGCUCCGUGGAGGAGAUGCAGGAGAAGUUUAUGGAGGACGAGAAGCAGAGGCAGCGACUGGACCCCAGGAGAGGAGGGGUCACUGAAUGGUUCGGACUCUGAGACAACCCCACCCGACCGGGAACUCUUCGGCGCGUUGUGCAGCGUGGGUGUUUUCACUGGGAGCAACAAGUAUUGAUUUACAGCGCGACUGUUGUGAUGUCACUUCUAUUUAUGUACGAAACACUCACAAGUAUGUAGUAAAGAAGAAUGAGCAUGUGUGUGGGAGACCGGAGACGUGUGUGUGUGUGUGUGUGUGUGUGUG